UUAAAGAUUGUUUCGUUCGUUCGUUCGUUCGCUCAUUUUUUCAUUCAUUCAUUCAUUCAUUUUUUCAUUACUUUAAAUUUCUGAGACCGUACCAUAAUCAUUUAGCUGUAAAGUUGGGCGGGGUUUGGCUUAUGCAGUUCUUAUUUUCAAUUACCAAUGAAUAAAGAAAUUUUCAUUCGGCUAAUAAAUUGAUUGGAAUGCAAAAUGAAUCAAUGACAUAUAUCUGAUUGGCCCCAUAUGUAUGUUCACACCCCAAAAUCUUGUGAAAACAUUCCAUCAAUUAAGUUUUAUUACCCUUUAAUCAGAUUGAGAUCGAAUUGCAUGGUGUGAAAAACACAAAUGACCAUCUUUGGAUAUAUCACACAAAAACAUAUUUAAGUUAAAAUGGCGACGUUCACAGAAUUUGCGGCGCAGUGAACAGGUCACUCAGGUUUCGUGACUAUUUCAAUAUGACACAUGUUACGAUUUUCAACAAAUAUACCAAAAGAACAGUUUAGCAACAUAUCCUGAGCAUUUAUUUACUAAAAGCAUGAACGGAACGGAGUUCUGCACUACAAAAAGCGAAAAUAAGGAAAACACGAAUAGGAAGACCGAUUUCCAUCCCCUAUUUACAGGUGCAACGAGACCGGAAGUUCGCGUAUAGCAAGAACUAAUGUAUGCUAUCCAAACAUUCCACAGACAUUAACAACAACAUGAUUUAAGUCUGUAAUUGAUGAUUUAUUGGUAAAGCUGCACCAUUAUUGCGUUGAAAGCCAUUGAGAGUAUUUGAGAAACGCACCCUAUAUAGAUUAAACGCUGUCUUUUACGUUUGACGUGCGCCGCUAUUCAUACUAUUGCCAUGGUAUUUACGGCAUAUUUUUGUUGUAUGUUGAUAUUUUUCUAUGUAAGUUUGUGAAAACGUUUUAAUUAUAUGGGUUUAUUACAUAUUAAAAUCUCAAAUUCGUACCUAUUUUAUUCAGUUUUUAAACAGUCUUGUCACAGAAUAUUGGGACAACCCUUGUAUGUAUCAAAAUAAAAAUUUGAAACAAUACAUCAACACUGAAAUAAAUGCACAGCAAAUAUAACUAUAGAUCUGAAUUUGCUUUCGCAGCCUUCUCGUAUUUUUUGAAAAGUGUGCGCUAUAUUUAUUGUGCGCACUUUUCUCGCAUUUAAGUAAAACAGUCACAAAUCGUUGGGAUUUCAAUGACAAGUCAUCAAAUUAAACGCAAAUGUGUUUGUUUUCAGAGAAAUUGCUAUAUAGCUCAUACUGAAAUGAAUCAGAUAACACGAGUGUGAUAUAUAAUGUAUUCACUUAUUAUGAUGCAAAAAAGUAUAUUCAAAUGAAUGUCUGUAAUCAAAGUAAGAAAAUGCCACUCUACGUGCAUGUUAAAAUUUUUCAAUGUUUUACUAUGUAAUAGAUAGGAUAUUUACUAAAAGGAAACAGAUAUUCUUUAUUGACAUAUAUUCCUCAUAGAUAAAUAUCAUAUUAUUAUAUUCCUUAUAUUAAAUAAAUUCAUGCUGCUUUAUUUUAAGGUAACACAGAUGACAUAAUGACAAGAUUGGUUUCAGUAAUUUUGGUGUUUGUGUGUCAGAUUGGAUUAUCGAUACAGACAUGCAAUGAAUGUACAUGUUGUAAAGGAGGAAGUCAAAAAUGUGAUUCAAACAGGAAUUGUUAUGAUGGUUGUAUCGACGGUUACUAUGGUGAUAAAUGCACAACAGAGUGUCUGGAAAAUUGUAAAACUUGUUCAAAUGAUUAUGAAUGUACAGAAUGUAAACCUGGUUAUUAUACCAACAAAUGUAAUUUACAAUGUGGGAAAGGUUGUCUCAAUAAUACAUGCUCGCUUGUAUUAGGAGAUUGUUCUUGUAAAUCGACUGAUUUCAUAAACUUUAUGGGUAGAUGUGCUUCUUGCGUAGCUUUAAAGUACGGCGAUGAAUGUAACAAUACAUGUCCUAGUAACUGCGGUGCGUGUACAUCAGAUACAAAAUGUUCAUGGUGUAAAAACAAUGUUUAUUACGGAUCAUUUUGUCAACACAGAUGUUCAGUUGGCUGCGACGGUCAAAGAUGUAGUAAAUAUGAUGGAUAUUGUUCUACAGGAUGCAGACAUGGUUAUAUUGGAGACAAAUGUGAUACCUGCGAACCUGGACUUUAUGGUAGUUAUUGUGAUUUAUCUUGCCCGGAAAAUUGUUAUGCAUGUUUUUCGGCAUCAAAUUGUACCGUAUGCAAAUCUGGCUUUUAUGGGGAAACAUGUAAUAAUACAUGUUCAUUAGGCUGUUAUGGAAACUGUACAAUUGCUGAUGGCCGAUGCCUUGAAUGUAAACCGGAUUUUUUCGGAGAAUUUUGUGUCGCAUGUCAGGGUGGAACAUAUGGAGUUACUUGUUCCAAACUCUGUCGUGAUAUCGAUUUGAAUUGUCAAGGGUGCAUUUCCGAUGAAUUAGGUAUAUUUGAAAACUGUACAAAAUGUAACAUUGGGUCCUAUCUAGUAUCUCAUGUUGGACAAAGUUAUAACAGGUGUAUAAAUUGUUCAAAUGAGGGAUUAUGUGAAAGUGGAUGUGUUCGAGGAAAAUGGGGGGAUAUGUGCAAUUUUAAUUGCCAAACAAGCUGUUUAGAAUGCAGUCAAACAGAUGGAGCAUGUUUGGAAUGUACACGGGACACAUUUUUAGAUGAUUGCUCAAAAAACUGUAGCACAAAUUGCAAUGCGACCGCCAGUGAUAAAAUUUGCACAAGAGAUGCUGGGAAGUGUUUACAUGGAUGUAAAUCAAAUACUAAAUAUGGGGAAUAUUGUGAAAAUCUAUGUAGUUAUACUUGCAAAAACGAAAAAUGUGACUGGAAAACGGGACAUUGUCUAGAAGGAUGUAUUAUAAAUUAUCAUGGAUUGUUUUGUGAUAAUUUAUGUUCAACUUCAUGUCUAUCUUAUACUGGCAAACGUGUGUGUGAUGAUAUAAAAGGUCAUUGUUUAUUUGGGUGCAAAAAAGGAUUCAGUGGAAGCAUAUGUGACAAAUUAUGCAGUAGCCAAUGUAUAAAUAUAACUUGCAACCAGGUAACAGCUGAAUGCUUGUAUGGUUGUAAAGACGGAUUUAAAGGUUCGAAAUGUCUUGAAGACAGAUUUAGAGGCCCUAAAUGUGUUGAAGAUUAA